ACACACACACACACACACACACACACACAGCUGGGUGUCAGUCAACUCAGGCACGGUGAGCUUGUGUCAGUCGAUUACUGCAUUGUCAGGCCCUUGUUUCGUCUUCUCUUUGCUCCAGUGUGCGUGUAUCCUGCAGCAGGUGUGAGGAUGCCUUCUGCUUCCACUCUGUUCAGCACCUCAGGAACCAAGAUCCAAGCUGAGAGCACACAGGCUGAUGGAAAGACCUACGAGCAGCUGAGGCAGGAGUGCCUGCAGAGGAAGCAGCUGUUUGAGGAUCCUGAUUUCCCUGCCAAAGGCUCAUCUCUCUUCUUCAGCCAGAGCGUCCCUGUCAACUUCGAAUGGAAGAGACCCGGGGAAAUCUGCAAAGAUCCUAAGUUCAUUGUUGGAGGAGCGGACAGGACAGACAUAUGUCAAGGACAGCUGGGAGACUGUUGGUUGUUAGCAGCGAUCGCCUCCCUGACACUGCAAAAGGAGAUCCUGACGAGGGUUGUACCACCUGACCAGAGUUUUGAUCUCGGCUACGCUGGCAUCUUUCACUUCCAGUUCUGGCAGCAUAACCGAUGGCUGGAUGUGGUUAUAGACGACAGGCUGCCGUGUGUGAGGAACAAACUGGUGUUCCUCCAUUCAGCCGAGAACAACGAGUUCUGGAGCGCGCUGCUGGAGAAGGCCUAUGCCAAACUGAACGGCAGCUACGAGGCUCUGAAGGGAGGCAGCACCCUGGAGGCCAUGGAGGACUUCACUGGUGGAGUCGGAGAAAUGUACGAGACCAAGAAAGCUCCCACAGACCUUUUCGUUAUCCUGAAGAAGGCGCUGGAUAGAGGAUCUAUGAUGGGCUGCUCCAUAGACAUCACCAGCUCAGCUGAAUCAGAAGCUCAGACUUCCACAGGCCUGGUCAAAGGUCAUGCCUACUCCAUCACCGGGCUGGCAGAGGUGAACUAUAGAGGGGGGAAAGUGCGACUUGUCCGUAUCAGAAACCCCUGGGGUCAGGUGGAAUGGAACGGCCCCUGGAGCGAUAAUUCCAGAGAGUGGAGUAUCGUUGAUAAAGCAGAUAAGAUCAGACUGCUUGAAAACUCCACAGAUGAUGGAGAGUUCUGGAUGGAGUUUGAGGACUUCAAGGCGAACUACGACAGGGUAGAGCUGUGUAACCUGACUCCAGACUCCCUGACAGAUGACAACAAGAAGAAGUGGGAUGUGAACAUGCUGGAGGGCAGCUGGAUUCGGGGCUCCACUGCCGGAGGCUGCAGGAACUACAUUGACACCUUCUGGACGAACCCUCAGUUCAAGCUGAAGCUAGAGGACGCGGACAACGAUAAUCAGUGCAGCGUCAUCGUGGCCCUCAUGCAGAAGAACCGGCGCAGACUGCGCAAGGAGGGGCUCGACCUGGAGACCAUCGGUUUCGCCAUCUAUCAGUCCCCUGAUAAUGAGGACCACGCAGACAAGGAUUUCUUCCGCUUUAACGGUUCAAAAGCACGCAGCCGGACCUACAUCAACACACGUGAGGUGUCCGAGCGUUUUGCCCUCCCACCGGGCAACUACCUGGUGGUGCCCACCACCUUCCAGCCCCACCAAGAGGCUGACUUCCUAGUGCGCAUCUUCUCUGAGACCAAAGCCGGAGCAUUGGAGAUGGGCAACACUAUCGAUGCUGACCUGCCUGAUCCACCAAUGCCGACUCGGCGUGAGGAGGAGACUGAUGAGGAGAAAGGCCUGAGGAAGCUGUUUGAACAGAUCGCUGGCUCAGACCAGGCCAUCAGCGCCAGGGAGCUGCAGGACGUCCUAAACGGAGUACUGAGCAGGAGGAAAGAGAUUAAAUUUGAUGGCGUGAGUCUGAACACCUGUCACAGUAUCAUCAACCUGAUGGAUGUGGACUGCUCGGGAAUGAUCGAAUUUCAGGAGUUUAAGGUCUUCUGGGAAAAGCUGAAGAAAUGGAUGAUGUUGUUCCUGUCUUUUGAUACAGACCGGAGUGGACGCAUGUCCUCCUACGAGCUACGGUCUGCUCUCAAAGCAGCAGGUAUGCAACUGAAUAAUCAACUGCUUCAGCUGAUAGCAUUGAGGUUCGCAGAUGAUAAUUAUGAAAUCGACUUCGAUGAUUACCUCACCUGCAUCGUCCGACUGGAGAACAUGUUCCGAGUUUUCCAAGCCUUGGACACAAAAAACAGAGGAGAAGUGACCAUGAACUUUCAACAAUUUUUGAUGCUGGCCAUGAAUGUCUGAAGAGAGGAGGAAAAAUGAAUGAAUGAAUGAAUGAAUGAAUAAAACCUGAGGAAGUGAGAAGGACAGCCCUGGCCCAUGUGUUGCUUAAAGAACUAUUCUGAAAUAUAUAACUUUACCAAAACACAGAUUCCUCCGAACUGAAAUUAAAUUUCACCUGGGAAAUCAAUUACACUGGAAAUGAUUCGAAGACUUUAUUGAUCGGAUGUUGGAUUCACGCUCAGAAAUCUGAUCCUACACACGUUAUGGUCUUUAAAUGUUUGCUUUGGUUUGAUUUGGCUGACUGUGAAUCAUUUUUUUUUUCAAGAUUUUAAGUACUGGCUUGUGCUGAAAAUAAAUAAAUUCACACACAAUCUGUGUAAAA